AAAAAUCGGAAAAGUAAGAAAGAUGGACGUGAAAGUCAUGAGGGAGAGGACAGCGAACCAUGGUGGUCAAGAAUCUUUAUUAUGAAUAAAGGUUAUUUAUAUAAAUAUGCAAUCAAGGACUCACUACAUUGGAGCACUUUCUUUACAUACAUCAUGAAGUCAAUUCAGAAGUCUCAGCUCUCUCUUCCCUUUAUUUUCCCAGUUUAGAUCUGGAAGUUUGUUCUUGGUCUUGUUACUUAUAAAUAUGAAAACGUACUACCGAAGAACUCACUGUAAAGUCUUGUAUUUCCCCAUCUAUUCGAUAGAUGUAGAGUGCCGUCACCACUUGCUCACAUGUAACAAGAUGGAAAGACUACUUUCUUACCACCUGUUGUACCUUCAUCUUUAGAGCGCAUUUACCACUUUCAUGUUAGAAGUAACUGGAGAAACACAGCGACGUCGUCGUCAGCGUAAGGGUCCAGAGAAUGAGACCUUCGGCACUGGUACCGAAACAAAUCAGACUGAAGGUGGCUACAUCCAAGAAAAUGGAGCUGAAACUUCUUAUGGUCGAAUUUGUGACAGAAAUACUGUCAGACCACGUCUCUACGGUCACCAUGAACCGUGAUAACAGGGACAACAGCAUGCAUUUGAUGUUUCAGUUUGACCCACCUUUUCAUGAGUUUAUUGCAAGCCCUCUGCCUUGCAUCUUAUUCUUCAUGGCAGCAAUUUUUUCAAGCAAAAUUUAUUAUCUUUACACGCUAACAGGGGCAGCUGAUGUAUGACACAAGGACAUCCGAUGAUACGACUUAAUAAUUGAAAUCAAUAGACUGCUACGGAGACUUGACGGAAGUCCUCUCUACAUUUUUACUCCAUGCAAGAAAGACUGAGUUUGGUAUAUCUCAUCAAUAGACUGCCUCUAUAUUGAGUAGCCUCGAUCUUGAUCUAUCUAGCUCCUAACUCUCCUCUCCUAUAACUUUCCUCUACUCGCCUAUACUAACUCUUUCGCACUAGUAUGUAACCACUUCAUCUACGUCUUGCCUCCACGUAAAAAAAAACUCACCUCAUGCCCUAAGUGGAGGCGUAGAAAAAGUAAUGGUAAUGGAAGGAACGGAAUGAAGUGGGGGAAAGUAACCUUCGAGAUACCAUACCCUAAGAAGCCCUAAGGUUACUUUCCCCCACUUCAUUCCGUUCCUUCCAUAAAAAACCAUUUUCCUCUACUUAUACCUCCACCUAGUACAACUGUACAACAAUCAUUCACAGCCUGAUACCUCCACACCUACCACCUAGUACAACAAUCAUUCACAGCCUCUUCUAAGAAAUACCACUGGGUAAGAACACGACAACAGCCACAACAUCUUCUGAGACGAACUCCGAAGAUGUUGAGUACUAUAGAGCUGAC